AUGUUUAAGAACCGCCGGAGAGUCGUCGGUCGAUUUUUGAAAUGCAUCGUCGUCUGCGGUUUGAUGUUUUUUCUUUUAAAAUUAACUGUUCUUCUCGUCGGCGAAGAGGAUAAGCUGGUACCUACGAUGGACGAAUUGAAAAAAUUAAUGGUCGAAUCUGAAAAUGACAAUUCCCAACGGUUAUUAACAGUGAAGAAUACUUGCCGAAGAUACAAUCUCGGUGUAUAUAAAGAACCUGAUAAACUUGCCGGCUUCAAGCACCCACCUGCGCCGCAAUAUGCUGUUUUUUAUAUAAGCAGAUCGCACAAUCUAUCAUACUGUCCAAUUUACAAAGCCGGUAGCACAACAUGGAUUUACAACUUAUGUCUUCUAAUGAACGUGCCCGAGCACGAGUUAAACAAUGGAAAGGAGCAAAUAUCGACCAUCGCAAGAAGGGUAAUACCGGAACUCGAAUAUCCAGCAGCCGACGAGGCUCUAAAAGCAACGAAGAAACUGCUCGUGGUAAGGCACCCAUUUGAGAGAUUACUGAGCGCAUAUCGCGAUAAGCUGGAAAACUCCGUGGCUGGAAGGGAACACGGGACACUUCACUUUUAUCGGAAAUACGGCGUCAAGAUUGUUCAAAAGUACCGCGACAGGAAUUUCACGGAACCGCGAGAGGAUCAGGCGAUCAAACGUGACGGUGUACCUCCGCCGGCUGGAAUCGAGCCGACGUUCCGUGAAUUUGUACGCUAUUUGAUCAACACCGACUUGGCUAGUUACGGGGACGAUCAUUGGAUGCCCUAUUACCUCUUCUGUACGCCGUGCAUCGUCGAUUAUGAUAUUAUCGCGAAGGUUGAAACAAUGUGGCGAGACCAGAUUUACACGAUCCAUAAAUUAGGCCUGCAAGAGGUAAUUAAGCCAAGAUGGCGACAUAGCGGUGGUCACUCGAAUGCAUCGAGGAUAUAUUUCAGUCAACUGAACAGAGAUAUGGUGCACAAGCUAUACGGAAAAUUCAAGCUGGAUUUCGAUCUUUUCGAUUACUCGCCCAACGUUUAUUAUCGAUACGCAACUUCCGUUUAAAUUUUUUAAUUAAAAAAAAAAUAAAUUGGACAACGAUCUUGCCAGUUAAAUUUCAUUUUCAUAAACGGCAUUCUCUGUAAAAGAAACAUCAUAGAUGGUUCGUAGACCCUGAGCGUUGUGUCGAUCAACAGGAUAACGUAUAAUGAGUUCGCAAAGAACCGUCUCGAUUUCAAUCGCGCUACCAGAACUUUUAUACAUCAGCGCUUCGUCUCGCUUUUCCCUAGUUCUUUCACCCCCGUUCCUUUUAUUAUAUUUUUACUCGUCAUUCUUUGUAUUUGUAGACGAGUAAAACUUUCGAGAACGUCUUAGCAACGACACG